AUGUCGGCAUGUGGCGCUGCGGCGAGGGAGGCCGUUGACCCUGUCGACAUCUUGCGUCAUUUCGUUCUUGCUGCGCCGCCCGGCGAGCUCAAGGGCGUCGUCAAAGCACUUCGUGUGGUGACAGGCGAUGACCACCUCUUCUUUGAGGUUAUUCCACGUCUUUGCAUGGAACACCAUAUGCGGCAUUUGACACCUUUCACGAUGCCUGCUGCGUGCGCCAAGCGACACGAGAGCAAAGUUCGCUUUGUGGAACCCAACAGACCUGCUACGGUUGCCAGCGGCCACGUCUCUUUCUUGGCCGGGCGGCAGAACCACCUCGGGACACGUAUAAGAUGCUUUGCCAAGAUGCGUCGCCUGCAUGCUAGCAACGUGGCAGGGGAUGUGGAGGAGUAUUUUCGGCAACAACACUUCACCUCUAUUCCUAGCAGCGACAGAGCCAGCCAAAAAAGUUGUCAAGACACGGAACUCGACGUCUGCGAGAGCGGGGCUUCUGGCAGCAGACAGCCACAGACAAUUCAGCGGCAGGAGGAAGAACCGUUUGACCCGUUCGCUGAUAUUGUGCCAUCGGGGGGGUUUGGCAAACUCGAGCAUGUUUUUUUUGAUAUGGCGCUGCAGAUGUACAUAGAGGUUGACCCUGUGGAACAGCUGUGUUUGCGCGUUAUCCCGUUUACGUCGACUGUAGCACCAACAAUGCCGGAGGUGCUGCGGGUGACUGAAAAGCAGGCCACAGGCCUUCACGGUGGGCCUCUUGGUCACACCCGCUUUUUGCUUCAACAGGAAGUUGCCCGCUACGUACAGGCGUGUUUUGGGGAGGCGGCGGCGGCGGCGGCUGAGACGGUUGCCCCGCAGGCAGAGCGGGGCGCGGCGGGGACGCGGGAGCCGUCUCACCCAAUGGGUUCCGCACGAACACUUUUUGGGGUCCCCUGCACAUCCACCGCCUGCGCAGGAAGCAUGGUCGUUCUGCAGCCACAUUCUCACGAUGGCGGAGAGGAUUGCCAGUCGCUUGUCAUUGCGGCGGCGGCAGUGCGUCAAUUCCCGCGCAACAUGUGGUGCGGGCGCUGGAAAUCCAUUUUUGUCGUGGAGUGCACCACCAACCCCGCGUCCGAGGCGCGGGUGUGCGUCAAGGGUGAGACGCAGGUCUACGCGCACUACUACGAGGAGGGCAAUAUGCAUCUGGAGGUCGUGGAGGAGUUGCCACCUACGCCAUUGCCCGAAUGGCCUGUGAACAUCUUCGCGGAAGGUGGCGGCGAGAUGGCAGGGUCCACCGACACGUGGGGGCUGUGCUCCGCCGUGAUGGAAGUUAUUCAGCAGCAUGAGCAGCGUAUCCACGACGCUGUGUUGAAGACCGCGAGGGACUCGGGUGAUUGUGCACUGCGGGCUCUGCGUCGGAGAUUACCCAUUACGGGGCAGCUGUUCAAUUUUCGCCGCGGACAGGCCCUACCACGGCCGAUGUUCACACGUCCCGGAUACGACACUUAG